GUGAUGUGGCGCAUCUUUUCAUGUGUCUGUUGGCCAUCUGAAUUUCUUCUUUGGAGAACUGCCUGUUCAGCUCCCCUACCCAUUUUUUUAUUGGAAUAUUUGCUUUUUGUUUGUUGAGGUGUGUUAGCUCUUUAUAUAUUUUGGAUGUCAACCCUUUAUCGGAUCUGUCAUUUACGAAUAUAUUCUCCCAUACUGUAGGAUGCCCUUUUGUUCUGUUGAUGGUGCCCUUUCCUGUACAGAAGCUCUUAAGCUUGAUAUCAUCCCAUUUGUUCAUUUUUGCUUUUCUUUCCCUUGCCUGGGGAGAUAUAUUCAUGGAGAAGUCACUCAUGUUUAUGUCUGAGAGAUUUUUGCCUGUCUUUCUCUAAGAGUUUUAUUGUUUCAUGGCUUACAUUCAGGGGUUUGAUCCAUUUUGAAUUUACUUUUGUGUAUGGGGCUAGACAAUGAUCCAUGUUUCCUCCUUUCUUGCAGCCAUCACCUCGGGCUUUGGAGCCGUGACCCAGACCACCAGCUGCGGGACCAAUACAUCGGUGUUUGGCAGCACCAUCUCAUCGCCCUUCACAUCCAGGGUGUCAGCAGUCCCCACUGGCAGUGGGGGCUUUGGGAUGAGCAUGGCUGCGCCCCACAGCAGUUCCACCACUGGGGCAUUCGGUGUGGGGUCAGGACGGAGUGGGAGAACUGGUCCCAAGAACCCUUUCUGGGGAGCGUUGAAUUCGAACUCCCUGGGUGCAGCUGGCCAGAGCACACCCUCUACCUUCCACAUGGCCAGCACACCUCAGGACACAUCUGGGAUUGCAGCCAUCACGUUGGGCUUUGGAGCUACGACCCAGACCACCAGCAGUGGGACCAGUAGCUCAGUGUUUGGCAGCAGCACCUCAUCACCCUUCAUGUCUAGGGUGUCAGCAGGCUCUGCUCACAGUUGGGGCUUUGGGAUUAGCAUGGCUGCCCCCCACAGCAGCUCCACCACUGGGGCUUUCAACUUUGGGAGGACAGAGUGGGAACACUGGUGGCACAGCCCCUUUCUGGGGUUGCUUGAGUAAGAACUCCCUGGGUGCAUCUGGCCAGAGCCCACCCUUUGCCUUCCAUAUGGCCAGCAUGCCUCAGAACAUGUCUGUGUUUGCACAACAGAUUUGGAAUGGGCUCAGUGCCAGAGUCCAGCUCCAGCUGAGGUGUGGGUCACCAAGGAAAGGACAGCGUCAGCGAGUGAGAUGAAUGAGGAGAUGAAACACCCAAUUAAAGUUGUAACAUCUCCUGACAGCAAGCGGCAGGGUCUUUAUUUUUGUAUCUUUUUACGGUUUACAUAAUGUUGAACAUUUUUUAAAAUUAUGAAUAAAACAUUCCUUUUUCUGUCAGUUUACAUAAUUUCAGCUUAUUACCCUUAAGUAAAUAUCAUUAUUUCUUCUAAUAGUAGCCAUUUAACAUUUAAUUUUUAACUUUCCCCUAGUCUAUUGUGAUUAGUAAUUCAUGUAAGCUACGUGCUAGGUGCUA